AUGGCAGAAAAAGGGUCGUCAACUGCACCGUUACUUUUUCGGAGACGAUCGAGCAGUGAAAUGAAGAACAAGUCAGCCUCCGUUUCGAGUAGCCUAUUACCGGCAUUUGGAACCGUUGUUGAUGAUGGAGACCUGCACCUCAAGAGAAAUGUUAUUGCUCCUUAUGAUCGUAGGUACCGAUGGUGGCAAACGUUUUUGGUAGGGCUGGUGAUAUACUCGGCAUGGGCAUCUAUUUUGGAGUUAACUUUCGAUAAGGCAGCAAAUGGGGUGCUCUUGUUCAUUGAUUUGGUCGUUGAUUUCUUCUUCGCCAUUGAUAUCAUCUUAACUUUCUUCGUUGCUUAUUUCGAUACUUCAAAUUUUGUCCUCGUUGAUGAUCACUUGAAAAUUGCGUUCCGAUACGUGACAAGAUUCUGGUUAUUUAUGGAUGUAGCAUCUACAAUACCUUUUUCGUUAAUAAACAAAAUCCUUAUCGGUGAAUGGCAUACCGGCCAGGUCUUUGGCCUCCUCAACUUGCUUCGUCUUUGGCGUCUCCACCGUGUUGGUGAACUUUUCAAAAGGUUAGAAAAGGACAUUCGCUUUAGCUACUUCUGGACAAGGCUUCUUAAACUAAUAUGUGUUACCUUAUUUGCAGUGCACUCAGCUGGUUGCUUCUAUUACUGGCUCGCUGCACGCCACAAACCAUCAGAACAUACAUGGAUUGGAAGAUUGAUUGGAGAUUUUAAGCAAAAAGGUGUCUGGCAUGGUUACACCUGUUCCAUUUACUGGUCAAUCGUCACUCUCACCUCAGUCGGCUAUGGAGAGUUUUAUUCAAUGAAUGAAGGAGAGAAGAUAUUUAACUCUAUCUAUAUGCUAUUCAACAUGGGCCUCAUUGCCUACAUAAUUGGUAACAUAACAAAUCUCGUUGUCCAAUCUGUGGUCAAAACCUUUGCCAUGAGAGAUAGCAUCAAUGAGGUAAUGCGUUAUGCAAUCAAGAACCAACUCCCGGAAGGGAUGAGAGAACAAAUGUUGGCACACAUGCAACUCAAGUUCAAUACAGCUGAGUUACAGCAAGAAGAAGUGCUAAAAGACCUGCCCAAGGCAAUAAGAUCCAGCAUUGCCCAACACCUAUUCUGGAAAACCGUAGAAAAGACCUACCUAUUCCAAGGAGUCUCCGACGACUUUCUUUCUCAAUUGGUAUCAGAGAUGAAAGCAGAAUACUUUCCUCCAAGGAUUGAAAUUAUUUUACAAAAUGAGAUACCCACAGACUUCUACAUUCUGGUAUCAGGAGCAGUGGAUAUGGUCACAUACAAGAAUGGGACGGAGCAGUUUUUGUCAAAUCUAGAAUCUGCAGAUAUGGCAGGAGAAAUUGGAGUAAUUUUCAAUAUUCCCCAACCUUUCACAGUGAGAACUAAAAGGCUCUCUCAAGUUAUCCGAAUAAGUCAUCACCAGUUCAAACAAAUGGUGCAAUCAGAGAGUGGAGAUGGAAAGAUAAUUAUUGCUAACUUCAUGGAGUACUUGAGAGGCUUAGAAAAAGACAUGCUACAGGAACUACCUUUCCUAACAGAAUUGCUGGCAGACCAGAAUGUACAGCCUACCUCACAAAAUGAGGAGAAACAAAACAGAGAAACAAUGGAUUCCACGUAUGGAAAUCCUACAGGAACAUCAAACACUUCCGAUCCUUCACUAAGUGCAGGUACCAUCCGGGUGAUAAUAUAUGGGUAUCAUCCAUCCAAGAAAACAAUGUCUGGUGACAGAUUCGGGAAGCUUAUAUAUUUGCCUAACUCAAUCGCAGACCUGUUCAAUCUAGCAGAAAAGAAACUUGGAAAGAGAGGGAGCACUAUUCUUAUGGCAGAUGGCUCAGAAGUUGAAGAUCUUAGUGCUCUAAGAGAGAAUGAUCAUUUAUUCAUCGUUUAA